AUGUCAUCUGAAAACAGGAGCAUCUGGAGGACCUCACCAUCUAUAGGGAAUCCCUCUUCCAUUUGGACUCUGCAUUGGACAUCCUCCAUGAUGGUGGCAAAUACCUUUGUGGCGGCACCUGACUUGCUGGAUCCUAAAUCUGCCACUCAGAACUCCAAACCGAGGCUCUCAUUUUCUACAAAACCCACAGUGCUUUCUUCCCGGGUGGAGAGUGACACAACCAUUAAUGUUAUGAAAUGGAAGACGGUCUCCACGAUUUUCCUGGUGGUUGUCGUUUAUCUGAUCAUUGGAGCCACUGUGUUCAAAGCUCUGGAGCAACCUCAUGAGAUUUCACGGAGAACUACCAUUGUGAUCCAGAAGCAGACAUUCAUAUCUCAGCAUUCUUGUGUCAAUGCAACUGAGUUGGACGAACUCAUCAAGCAAAUAGUGGAAGCAAUAAAUGCAGGGAUUAUACCUUUAGGAAACACCUCCAAUCAAAUCAGUCACUGGGACUUGGGAAGUUCCUUCUUCUUUGCUGGCACUGUUAUUACGACCAUAGGCUUUGGCAACAUCUCACCACGUACAGAAGGUGGAAAGAUAUUCUGUAUCAUCUAUGCCUUACUGGGAAUUCCCCUUUUUGGUUUUCUAUUGGCUGGAGUUGGUGAUCAACUAGGGACUAUAUUCGGAAAAGGAAUUGCCAAAGUAGAAGAUACAUUUAUUAAGUGGAAUGUGAGUCAGACUAAAAUUCGAAUCAUCUCAACAAUUAUCUUCAUAUUGUUUGGAUGUGUGCUCUUUGUUGCUCUGCCGGCUGUGAUAUUCAAGCACAUAGAAGGUUGGAGUGCCCUGGAUGCCAUUUAUUUUGUGGUCAUCACAUUAACAACCAUCGGUUUUGGUGAUUAUGUUGCAGGAGGAUCUGAUAUUGAAUAUUUGGAUUUUUACAAGCCAGUGGUAUGGUUUUGGAUCCUAGUAGGACUUGCUUACUUUGCUGCUGUCCUAAGCAUGAUUGGAGACUGGCUUCGGGUUAUUUCAAAAAAGACAAAGGAAGAGGUGGGAGAGUUCCGAGCACAUGCUGCAGAAUGGACAGCCAAUGUCACAGCUGAGUUCAAGGAGACCCGAAGGCGCUUGAGUGUAGAGAUUUAUGACAAGUUUCAGAGAGCCACCUCCAUUAAAAGGAAGCUCUCUGCAGAACUGGCAGUCAAUCACAAUCAAGAACUGACCCCAUGCAAGAGAACCCUGUCAGUUAACCAUUUGACCAGUGAGAAGGACAUCCUGCCUCCACUAAUGAAGACUGAGAGUAUUUAUCUGAAUGGUUUAACGCCUCAUUGCCCAGGUGAAGAGAUUGCUGUCAUUGAGAACAUUAAGUAA